AAUAACUGUUAUUGCCGCCCCUUUUCUUGCCUUUCCUUCCUCUGGCGGCGCGGAGAAAGUGCCCAAGAUGUCUGCUCAUCUGCAGUGGAUGGUCAUUCGCAACUGCUCUAGUUUCCUAGUUAAGAGGAACAAGCAGGUGUUUAGUACUGAACCUAACAACUUAAAGGCAAGAAACUCCUUCAGGUACAAUGGGCUUGUUCAUAAAAAAACAGUUGGUGUUGAACCUGCUGCUGAUGGAAAGGGAGUCAUUGUUAUACUAAAAAAACGUACAGGUCAACGUAAACCUGCCACAUCUUAUGAAAAAAUCACAGUCAACAAGAACUCCCGUGCUACUCUAAGCAGCUUGCGUCAUAUAAUCCGCAAGAACAAUUACAGAAAGGACCUCCGCAUGGCUGCCCUGAGACGUGCUAGCGCUAUCAUAAGAAGCCAAAAACCAGUCGUCCUGAAAAAGAAACGUACAAGAGUUGCCAAGACUGCAUAAACUGACCAAAAAGUUUAUAAUAAAGAUGAUUCUUCUCUUGAA